AUGAAUCGGUUAUGUUCAGUCGGAUUAACAACAUCACCAAUUAAGGUUGUUAUCAACGAUUCUUUACGGCUGUUGUCAAUGGCAACGAGACAUCGCAAAACGGCCGGUAUUAUCGUGAUUGGCGAUGAGAUAUUGAAAGGUUCGACAGUUGAUACUAAUUCAAAUUUCUUUUGUCGUAAACUUCAUAAUAAAGGUGUAUUGGUAAAGAAGAUAUCAGUAAUUGGUGAUGAAGUGAAUGAAAUAGCUGACGAAGUGAGUAAAUUCAGUAGUCGUUAUGACAUUGUGUUCACAACUGGUGGAAUUGGACCUACGCAUGAUGAUCGAACUCUGAUGGCGGUUGCGCUAGCAUUUGGGGAUGUAUUGUCGCCCAGUGCUGAAAUGCACUCUGUUUACAAGAAAUACUUAAAACACGGUUCGGAAGGGGAACCUAACACUGGUUUGGAACGUAUGUGCAAUAUUCCUAAAACUUCUCGUUUAUUAUGGGGUUGCAAACGUACUUCAAAAUUUCCAAUCGUUCAAAUACGUAAUGUAACGGUCUUUCCAGGUGUCCCAAAGUUUUGUCAACAAGCAUUCGAGGAUUUUGAGGAUGUCAUCUUUCCUCAUGGAUCACUACUGCCAUUUUUCACCGAAACGCUUUUUGUGAAAGCUGCGGAACUUAAGUUCUCAAAAAUUUUGAGUGAAAUUGCUGACAAAUAUGGAAGUUUAGUGUCGAUUGGCUCGUAUCCGGCACCUGAUAACGCCUAUUACAAAGCGAAAUUGACCAUUGAAAGUGAUUCAGUGUCUGUUGGUGAGAGCGCUGUUGCUGAUCUGAAAUCUGCUCUUAAAGAAAUGAUUGUCUAUUAUGAUGAGUCAGCGUGGUUGGAUCCAAUCCCCAAAUUCAUGUCAUUCAAAAGACGUGAAUGUGAAUCCGAUGUGAACACUGAUAGUUCAUUCAUAGAUCGUGUUGAUGAUGCUAUGUCCAUCAUCCACUCCACUCUUCACAAAUAUCCGUUCGUUUUCAACUCGGUUUGUCCUAUAUUGGAUUGGUCGUACGCCGAUGUUUGGCGAAUGUUACGUGGUUUAUGUAUUCCAUAUUGCCGUUUAUACGAUCUGGGUUAUACGUCACUUGGUGAUCGAGAUACAACACGGAAGAAUGAUGCUCUUAAAAUUGUUGAUAAAAAGGGAGAACUGAUCGGGUAUCGACCCGCAUAUAUGCUUGCGGCUGAUGAUCUAGAGCGGACUGGGAGAGUGGAUGGUUGA